GAAAGAAAGAAAGAAAGAAAGAAAGAAAGAAAAGAAAGAAAAGAAAUUGCUUUCCGACACUGAAAUUUGGACUUUGCAUUUCUCUCUAUCACAUGCUGCUAUUUGCUUUAUUGGAGAAAACAGAAAGAGAGGCUGAUAAUCUGGAAGGUUGUUUGGACUGUCCUGAACUGCACUUCCACCUUUGGAAGGUUGGACUCUCACCUGGCUGAUGAAUUAACCUGUCCCCGAGAUUGUUCUCUUGGAGACAUCACCAGUCUGAGGAAGGACAUGGCCUCCAUUUCUUACAUCCUACGAGCCUGGAUUUUGCUCUUCCUUCAUGGCUGCAUCACAGGUUAUCCUAAGCAAACACGCUCCGUAUCAGAAGACACAAGAAACUGUAUGAUUAACCCACCGUACUUGCCACCUACGGCGAUUGUGACUGGCGAGCGGCUGAAGGCCCUGCGUGAGCACAUGAGAACGCACGAUCUGUCAGCCUAUAUUGUGCCUACCACUGAUGCCCACCUGAGUGAAUACAUCGCAGAACGGGACAAGCGACUCACUUGGAUGUCGGGUUUUUCAGGAUCGUCUGGGACUGGCGUGAUCACCCUGCAAAAAGCUGUUCUCUUCACGGACAGCCGGUACUGGAUCCAGGCGGAGCGUCAGAUGGACUGCAACUGGGAGCUGCAGAAAUCAGCAUGGGUCACCUCUAUUGGACAAUGGCUACUCAAUGAAGUUCCUGCUGGGGAAACCGUUGGAUUGGACCCCUUCCUCUUUUCUGUCGACACUUGGGACAGCUAUCACCAGAUCCUGGAAGGUGCCAAUAGGACCUUGAAUAUGCCUGAAGUGAACCUGGUGGACCUCGUGUGGGGCAGCGAGCGGCUUCCUCCGCCUACCAACACAAUCUAUCGCCUUACAGAUGACUUCAUUGGAAGUACCUGGCAAGAGAAGGUUGCCCACGCUCGGUCGCAGAUGGAGCAAAACAACAAGGAGCCCACAGCAAUUUUGCUCUCUGGCCUUGAGGAGACGGCAUGGCUCUUCAAUCUUCGAGGAGAUGACAUUCCUUACACCCCCGUCUUCUACGCUUACACUCUUCUCACCAAGACAGAUAUCAGUCUGUUUGUGAACCGCAGUCGGCUGAGCACCGAAGCCCUCCAGAUGUUGACCGCAGGGUGUCCGGGAUCUCUGUGUGUGAAGGUGGAAGACUACGGCCAGAUAGGUGACAGCGUGAGAAAAUAUGCCCACCAAGAUGGCGUGAUGAUCUGGAUCGGAACAGAAUACACAACUCUGGGGCUUUACAAGGAGAUCCCUCAAGAAAACCUCUUAGAGGAUGAUUUCUCUCCUGUCAUGCUCUCCAAGGCUGUCAAAAACUCCAAGGAGCAGAAGAUGAUGGAAGCCGCUCAUAUACGUGAUGCUGUGGCGCUGAUCCAGUAUUUGGUUUGGUUAGAAAAGAACGUGCCCAAGAACUCUGUGGAUGAGGUGUCUGGAGCACAUUACCUGGACACGCUACGAAGGGAAGAGCUCUACUGCCAGGGGCCGAGCUUUGAGACCAUCUCAGCUAGUGGCUUGAACGCAGCCUUGGCUCAUUACAGCCCAUCCAAUCUUACCGCUCAAAAGCUGUCUCCCAAUGAAAUAUACUUAUUGGAUUCUGGGGGCCAAUAUUUUGACGGAACCACAGACAUCACUCGGACCAUCCACUGGGGGGAGCCCACAGCUUUUCAGAAGGAAGCCUACACAAGAGUGCUGAUGGGAAAUAUUGACUUGAGCAAGCUAGUCUUUCCACCCAGAACGUCAGGAAGAAUGGUGGAAGCAUUUGCCCGCCGGCCCUUGUGGGAAGCUGGACUGAACUAUGGCCAUGGCACUGGUCACGGCAUCGGCAACUUCUUGUCUGUUCAUGAGUGGCCUGUGGGGUUCCAGUCCAACAAUGUUCCUUUGGACAAGGGGAUGUUCACUUCCAUAGAGCCUGGUUAUUAUCAUGAUGGGGAAUUUGGAAUCCGUAUCGAAGAUGUUGCACUUGUGGUACAAGCUAAGACCAAGUAUCCAGUGAACGAAGAGCCCUACCUGACGUUCAAGGUGGUGUCCCUGGUGCCCUAUGCGCGGAACCUCAUUGACCAGAGUCUUCUCUCCCAGGAUCAGAUCCAGUACAUCAACAAGUACUACGAGACCAUCCGCCAGGUCAUUGGGCCUGAGCUGCAGACACGCCGGCUGGAAGAGGAAUACCGAUGGCUGGAGAAGAACACAGAGCCUUUCUCUCACGCCUCCUUGCUGGCAGCUUCUCUGGGCACCUUGGCAGUGACCACACUGGCUUCUACCCUUCUUCCGGAAGUCUAACACUGAUCCGGGAGCACCCCACAACAUCCUUGCUCCCCUUCGCCCUGUCAUCCUACUCUCAUUGCGUGGUCCACCUCAACCCGUAUCUCACAGAUCUCCAUUUUAGGCCUAAGCAUCCUUCUUCCCGUCUCCAUUAGCAGCACCACAUUCUCCUGCAUCUGAUUCCAUCCAGGAACUGUAUAAAUCCAUUCUCUGUUUCCCUCCUGGACCGACCGACCCUUGGGACCCAAAGCGGAGCAGACGCUGAAAGAAAGAAGGGGAGAUUAUAAUUUUAAGCUUCACGCUGUAAUACAGGUAGUUCUCGACUUACAACCAUUCAUUUAGUGACCGUUCAAAUUACAACGGCACAGAAAAAAAAGUGACCUACAACCGUUUUUCACACUUAAUGACCUUUGCAACAUCCCCAGGAUCAGACGUUUUGCAACGGGUUCAUAUUUAUGACCGUUGCGGUGUCCUGGGGUCAGGCGGUCGUCUUUUGCGACCUUCUGCCCAGCAACGUCCAUGGGGAAGCCGGAUUCACUUAACAACUGAGUUACUAACUUAUCAACUGCAGUGAUUUACUUCACCAAGGCGGCAAGUAAAACGAGGCAAAGCUCACUUAACAAAUGUCUCAAUGAACAACAGAAAUGCUGGGCUCAGUUGUGGUUGUAAGUCGAGGGCUACCUGUGCAUCUGGAGGGCUGUCAGGUCGGAGGAGGCUGACUCAGGCGAUUAAUCAUGAUUCAGUACGCAUGGCUGAGAUGAUAUGAAGAAAUCAUGGCACACCUGUGCCAUUUCCCUCAUAAUAUGGGCUUCCUACAUUCACAAGCAUCAGCACUGGUUCGUCUAAGUCCAGAGGUGGGCUUCAAAAAUUUUAGCAAAGGGUUCUUUGCCCAGUUGUGGGGUGGGCGUGGCCAUGGUGGGCGUAGCCUAGCCGGCCUCCUGCACCACAGCCGGGGGGGGGGCGUUUUUGCCCUCCCCGGACUCCGGAGGCUUUCCUCGAGCUUCCAGGAGGGCAAAAAUGGCUUUCCCGGACUCCUGAGGCUCUCUGGAAGUCGGAAACAGGCCCAUUUCUGGCCUUCUCGAACUUCGGGGAGGCCCAUUUUUCACCGUUCCCAAGCUUCCACAAGCACCCUACACUUACCUGCAUCCAAAACAGGCUGUAUAUAGACUCCUGGGAGGGGCGGAGAGGGGCGGGGCCAGCCAGGAGUAGGAUUUGGGAGUUCUCCAAACUGCACAGAAUCUUAGCUAGGGGCUCUCCCGAACCCCCUGCGAACCCCCAGCCACUGUCUCAGUCCUAUUGACGGGAGGCCAGUUGUCAUUCAGGAGGUUAGUCCUUCCCACGGAUCGACCGUCCUUUCGUGAACUCUUGCAACACCAGCCAGAUAAGAUGCUGCUAAUAAAAGGACAUCUAAAGAA